AUGGCUAUGCAGAUGCCGCACCGUGUGGAUGCAGCCUUAUCAGGAGUGAAGAUGCGUGCAGCAGCCAUUGGCCUUGAUGAAGUCUACAAGGAGCUGGGUUUGCUGCGGCCACCCUUAAAGGAGAUCUCAAUUGAGGAACAGCUCCGGCGCCGUUUGCUGCUGGACCUGGAUGGAAGUAGCCAGUCCACACGGCUGUAUUGGGGCCUGCUGUCGAACUCGGUGGUUUUGAAGCAGGACACGAAAAACUGCAACUGGUACUCAGAUCGGCUCCGGGACCAGGUCCACAUUUUCCGCGUGCGCCGGGACCUCACCGAUCUGCCUCUUCAGGUCAGGCGCGUCAGACUGCGCCCCAGCCUGGCGAGAUCCGUGGCGCGACGCUCCGCGCGCCUCGCCCGGCGCUGGCUUAGCCACGAGGACGCCAUGCACUAUCUGGCAAGAGUCGUCCUUGCAGUGGCUGAAGCGCAAAGAAAAGCUCUGGGGCACAC